AUGGAGAGUGAGUUGGUGAAACGCAGAAUUCACAUGAUUGCAGCCCACUUUGCACCUAAAGAUGACAUUUCAACUACCAACGUUCUGCCUAUGAACUGCAGUGGCAGUCUGAACUCUGUGCUCCGGAGAUGCGAUAACAAGGUGUAUUUUGCACGCCAAGCAUCUUCUUCUCUGGGUUAUUUUAUGAGGCAAACUUCAAUUGAUGAGGGUGGCUCAACUUCCUUCAUUGCUCCUAAAACUCAUCAUGGUGGUGCUGCUGCUCCUGCAUCUGAAUGCCCUUCUAAUGCAAGAGUACCAUGUUUUGCCAGACCUGCGAUGGCAGAAUCAGUCUUCCAAAAUUCAGUGGUCCAACCAAUGACUCAAGAGCAGAUCUGUACUUUUAGUACACUUGAACCGCCUUCAUUUGCUAGGCCAAUCAGACAGAUUAGAGGAGAUCAGUUACAUUCUAAAAAGAAAACGUGCUAUUCCGAAAUUGGUGGAAUUGAGUGGUCUCCAAGGAUGGAUGUUGCAGAAUCAGAAGGCAAGUAUGUUAUCACAGUGGAAGUUCCAGGUGUCAGUAUCGGUGACAUAAGAGUGGAGGUUGAUGAUCUAAAGUUGUGUGUGAAAGGUAGACGCUCUACUAGCUCUUGGACAAUUACAGGUUGUCCAAAUGCUUCAUUUUCUUCAUACCAUCGGAGGGAAAUACUAUAUGGACCAUAUGAGGUGGUCUGGCAGCUUCCUUCUGGUGUGAACAAGGACAGAAUAUCAGCUGAAUUUUUGGAUGGACUUCUACAAAUUAUAGUUCCUAAAAUUCGAGUAUGA